AAGGUGGCUCGGUGGAGGCGGUUUGUGCAUGCGCCUUAAGGCGGCUCCGGCUGCUGUUCGCGGCACCGGGAGCCGCACACACGGGUCCCACCGGGGCAAAGCAGGGAACAGAGCGGGGUCGCGGUGUCCCUGCUGCUCUCCCUGCAGCUCUGGGCCGGGGAGAGGCCCGGAGCUCCGGGCGGGGCCAACCGAGCGGCGGAACGCGGCUCCUUCCGCCCGGCCCCUCAGAGCGCAGCUUCCAUAGGCCGGAGCAGACCCCACCUCCGGCGGCAGCCAAUCCUCGCGUGCGCCUUGGGGCCGGGCUUUGAUUGACAGCGCUGGGGACCAAUCGGAUGCGGCGGGCAGGAAGCGGCCGCGGUGCUCGAGCAGGACCCGGAGCUGGAGGCCGAGGCCAGGCUGGGGUUGACUUUGAAGGAAUAUAACCCUGCUGUUUCACUGACUGGGAACAGUGGCUCAUCCACCCUCCUUCGUGCCUGUGGUGCCCACCCUGAGACAGGGCAGGGGAAAGGAAGCAGCAGGAUUUGUUUGUGCUUCCCUGAACUUGCCCAAGGGAACAGGAUGGAUGGCAGGGAGAAGUUGGUUCCAGCAGGCUCCGAGUCUCUUCUUUAAAGAGAACUUCCAGCAUCAAAAAGGCUGAAAAGCAAAAAAAAAAAAAAAAAAACAACCAAAAUGGAAGGAGGCAACAGCCCCAGUCUGCAGCUUCAGCAGCUCCCGUUGGCCACAGCAGCAGUUUCUGUGCAGCCACACACAGACUCCUUCUCCUACAAGGAGAACUUGAUUGGGGCACUUCUGGCUAUUUUUGGGCAUCUUGUCAGCAGCAUUGCCCUCAACCUCCAGAAAUACAGCCACAUCAGGCUGGCAGGCUCCAAGGACCCCCGGGCUUACUUCAGAACCAAGACCUGGUGGAGUGGAUUGCUGCUGCUGCUGCUGGGAGAGCUGGGAGUGUUCUCCUCCUAUGCCUUUGCUCCCCUCUCUCUGAUUGUGCCCCUCAGUGCAGUGUCUAUUGUGGCUAGUGCAAUCAUAGGAAUUAUAUUUAUUAAAGAAAAAUGGAAGCCCAAGGAAUUUUUGAGGCGCUACGUGCUGUCCUUCGUGGGCUGUGGCCUGGCAGUUGUUGGCACUUACCUGCUGGUGACGUUUGGACCCAACAGCCACGAGAAGAUGACAGCAGAAAACAUCACCAGGCAUUUAGUGAGCUGGCCAUUCCUGCUCUACAUGCUUGUGGAGAUCAUUGCUUUCUGUCUGCUCCUGUAUUUUUACAAGGAGAGAAAUGCAAACUACAUUGUCAUUAUUCUCCUGCUGGUUGCUUUGCUGGGUUCCAUGACUGUGGUGACAGUGAAGGCCGUGGCUGGGAUGGUCCUGGUGUCCAUCCAGGGCACCCUGCAGCUGGACUCCCCCAUCUUCUACAUCAUGUUGGUGUGCAUGAUUGCCACUGCCAUCUACCAGGCCACGUUUUUAGCUCAAGCCUCCCAGCUCUAUGACUCAGCUCAGAUCUCCAGCAUUGGCUACAUCCUAUCCACCACAGCAGCAAUCUCAGCAGGAGCAACUUUUUACCUGGACUUCAUGGGUGAAGAUGUUCUCCACAUUUGUAUGUUUGCACUGGGGUGCCUCAUAGCAUUCCUGGGAGUUUUCCUGAUCACAAGGAACAGGAAGAAGCCUGUCCCCUUCGAGCCCUACAUCUCCAUGGAUGCCAUGCCAGGCAUGCAGAACAUGCACGACAAGGGGAUUGCAGUGCAGCCUGACCUCAAAGCCUCUUUCUCCUACGGGGCCCUGGAGAACAACGACAGCAUGCCAGAAAUCUACACCCCAGCCACACUGCCCAUCGUGCAGGAGCAGCACGGACCCAGGGGAGCCUCUGCCCCUCCCUACAGGGUGCUGGAGCACAGCAAGAAGGAGUGAGUGACCUUCAAGGACUGAUCAGAGUCGUCAGCAGUUUGACCUUUAUUUAUUUACCCGUUCAAAUAGCAGCAAGCAUAAAGCUGACAUUGAGAAGAGUUUUGUCUGGAGCUGAACUUUCCAGGCUGAUUAUAAAAUAAAGAACUUUUUAUAGUUGGGAAGUUGAAAGCACUUGGCAGGAAGCAGAUCCCAGUUGUGCAUGGAACUCUGCUGGCUGGGAGUGUGGAAUGAUGGAAUGGUGAGUGCAGCACUGUGGAAGUGAUGAGAGAGGAGAUGCUGUGGAAGAGAAGUGACUGUGCAGUUUCCAGCCCUGCUGGGAAUGGUUUUAUCUCCAAACAAGUUUUCAGGAGCUGAUCACAGAGAGAGGAGGACAGGAUUUAAUCUUUCAUUUACAGGGACUGUGACAGAUUUCCAGGAAGGCUCUAAAUCCUGAUGUGACCACAGAGCUCCACUGACACAGCAAUAAAUGGAAUUGUUUUGAAGCACCACCACUGGAACUUGCUGUGUGUUUAGAGCAGCAGAACUGGUGAGAGUGAAGACUUUGAACACUUUAUCCCUUUAACCCACCAAUUCUGGGCACUUCUGUUCUGGUGUUGAACAUAAGCACUGAGGAUGGGGGUUGUUUAUAGAGGACCACUGGAUUAUGUGGCUUAGAACAAAGAUGAUUUGCCAGUUUUCUGAUUUCAUAGCAGGACUUCAAGUUGAAUUAAAUGGUGCAGAGGAAGCACUAUAAAGGAUGAGGGUAAGGAGAAAUGAGAAUGAUGUGACUCUAUUUGGUGGGGAAUUUCUGUAAUUUUGGACAAAAUCUAAAUUCUUUAUCAUGUUUAUUUAUUUUCUUUCUGAUAGAGGCAGGAUUUCCAACUUUAGUGGUCCCAACUACUUAAAGAUAUUGAAGUUCCUUAGUUCAAAAGCUCAGUUCAGGUGAUGUAAGCUGGGGUCCUCCCCCCUUUAUUUUCUUUUAUAAAAAGGAAAAACAAGACUUGUUUUUUUUAUUGUGGAUGGCCUGAGAAGUUGCACAGCCCAGCACUCACUGAGGCCUGUGAGGAUAAUGGAGCUUUGUGUACUUUGAUAUUUAUCUCUCCAGCUUCCAGGAGAUGGCCAGGAGCUGAUACUGGGGGAGAAUGGGGAGCUGUCAAGUGAGGAGGACAAAGUGCAACAUUCACUGGUUAUCCUGGCACUUUGAUAGCACUGGCUGCUCUAAAAUUGGGGUAUUUUGCUGGGAAACUGAAUUUUAAGUCCACUCAGUGUUGCUUGGGUUGUCUGUACAGUAGAGUCUCCAGGACCCUGUAACUUUAUUUGAAAGGAAGAGUGCUCAUGUUCUGUGUAUUUUAAGUGAUUCCCCCAAUACCAGGGAGUUUGGGACUAUCUGAGAUUUGGAACAGUGUCUUUCUGAAUAUAUUUAUUUUUAUUUUUAUUUGUUAAAUUGACUCAUGGCCAGUUUCUGUUCCCACUGCCAGAAAUUCCCAACAACUCCUCUGACCUGUACAUGAUUAUUCCAUGUUCUUGUAAAUGACAACAGAACUGUUCCUUUGCAUUUGUUUGCUCUGCCAGCUCUGCAGACUGAUUCAAUCUGGCUGUACUUUGGAUUGCUUUGGCAUUUUUGUGCAGCUUAGAAGAAUAACCUUCCCCCUGCACAGGGGAGGUGUCCUGGGGCUGUACCCACAUGUCUUCACCAGAUGGGCACAAUUCAGAUCUUAUCAGUGGCAUCCCCUGCACUGGAACUUAGGGAACCUCAAGAAAUAACAGCUUUCCUUUCACCCUCAAUACUUUAUUUGUGAUUAAGCAAGAUAAGGAUGUUAAUGGGCUCCUGCUGCCAGAGCAUUCAUCACUGGGGUGCAGUGACACUGAUUUACUGCCUUGGGAUGUGGUCAUCGAUUGCUGGUGAAUUUAUGGGCAGCUUUUGUUCAUUAACAAUGCAGAAUGAAGCAGUGCAGGGAGGCUGAAUGGGAAGGGCACAGGAAUUCCUUAUCUCUUCCCAUUUAAUCAACUUGUUCUGACCUAUUGGUUCUGCAGCCACAGAACACAGAGUCUGAAAAGAAGCUGUGCUACAGCACACACUUGUUCCAUGGCAAUAUUCUCUGUGCUUAAUUAGGGGGUAUAAAAUAAUUCGUCAGAAGGGUUUAAAUGUUUGGCUGCUGACAUGCAGAUCAGGAUGGUUCUGUGUGUGACAGUGCAGGGUUUAAACCCAGCAGGAGCACAGAUCUGCACAGUGCCAGGGGACAGAGCUGCUCUGGGCUGCUGUGCUGCUCUCUGGCUGCUUCAGGCCUGGUUUUGCUGGUUUUGCUGUAAACUCCCCAGUUCUCCUGAGCCUGAGCCCAGUUCCUGACCUUGCUCCCUGCACAGAGCCCUUCUCUGAGUGAAACUGCCCCCAGCCACAAGCUGAGCUUUUGUGUCAUUGUGUGGGUUUGACCCUUUCUUUGUAAAGAUUCUAAAGGCAAGUCUUGCUCCAAAGCUUUACAUAACCAUGUUUUAUUUGCACAGUCUCUGUGUGCUCAAAUAAUUCUACUUAAUAAUGACAGUUCCCUUUACCAGCAGCCACAGAGAAAUCUCCCUUUGUUUGCUUCUGGAAACUUCCUGCCAAAGGCCUCCACUGGAGAUGGUGUCUGUUUCUAUAGCACAUAAAUCACAAUAUUUUUGAUUAUUGUGCCACAGCAGUGGAGCCUGGGGUGUUCCUUGGGCCUCAGCUCCAUGACUGAUGUAGGGGUAGGACUGAGGGGCUGCACCUCACUCCUGAUUGCUGCUGCUGUUCAACACUGGAAUCUUAAAGUGGGGUUGGUUUUGUUUGUUUGAUUGAUUUUAUGCACUUCCCUCUUUCUUGCUUUUUCUUGUAGUCUUCCAAAAAAUGUUAUUUUCUGCUCUUCAGCCUAAGAAAGGGCAUGAGCAGGGCCCAGAGAAACCAAGUAUCUUGUUUAAACUUGACUGAAGGACUUUGUGCUCUCUCUGGUUCUUUCAGGAGUGAAUUCAACUCCUCACCUCCCUUUUAGUGCAGAGAAGCUGAAACACCUCACACUGAGCUUUUCCCAGAAUAUUUGUUAGUCUGAGGUGACAAUGGCCAUGCCUGGAAUUGCAGCAAAUAUUUACAGCUGAGCAGCACAGGAAGGUUUAAAGGAGAGGAGCCCUGUGCCACAUUCCAGGGUGAAAUAUUGAGGUGUUGUACAGCACACUCUGAUCUGUGAAUGUCAGCACUGCAGGGCUCAUGCAGGACCCUGCACAUGGCACAGCACCCCCAGAUUCCCAAUGGGAAGGAUGUCUCAGCACCAGGAGCUGUUCUGGCACUCUGGUGAAGGAGCAGCUCCUGGGUUCAUCCCUUGGCUUCUAUACCCAGUGUGAACUGACAUCUGUUACCUCCACCCUGUGGCUUCUGGAUGCACAGAGCGCUUAAAAGAUCCUCAGUGUGUAUUUUAUGUGUAACUUAACUCUGUGGAGCACAGCUGAAUGUAUAAAAUGAUCUGCCUACACCAUUCUCCUUUCACCUUAAAAUGUGUAAAUAAAUCAAGCUUUACACUCUUGCACUAUAAAGGACAAUUGCUUCAUUUUUCACAGGCAGUGUUGCAUGACUGUUUAAUUCUAUUUGUCUUUCAGGUGAGACAAAUGAAACCAAACUUUGAAUAAAAGAUUGUGGUAAAAUGAAACUUUGAAUAAAAGAUUGUGGAAUUCUAUGGAA